CGCACGAGUCUAGUUGCCCUCAGCCUCCGAUGGAGGCGAGUCGGGACUAGGUUCUGGAUUUACGUUCUCCAGAGCCCGCUAUUCUACCCCUGCUGUAACAGAGAAGAUCGUCGAUGAGACGACGGGUCGUAGAGCUGGCCGCGGGGCUCUUCGCGGUCCAACUGCUGCUGCUGUUGCCACCAACGAGUCAGGUGGAUGCUGCGAAGAACCGGCUGAGGAAACAACGAUCCAAGCCUGCGGCUCUGCAAGCUCAGCAACCUGGCAGCGAUUACGAUUAUGAUUAUUACGAGAACUACGACGAAUACGAGGAGAAAAAUGAGACCAUAACGACAUUGCCAUCACCUGUGAUACCAAAUACACGACUUUCGGGAAGGACUGAAUCGGCAGUUGAAAGUACGCAAGCCACAUAUAGACAAGAAACACCCACAGACUUGCCGACUUCAACAACAACUCGAUUUUACAACCAUGACUUGGAGGAAACUAAUCGUACAUCUGAACGGGAUCCGGUAUCUACGGAAAUCUUACCGGGUGAAAGUAACGUAUACAGUUCCGUGGCUGUACCAGGUCCACGGGGCGAGCCUGGGCGACCCGGAGACAUUGGUCGUCCAGGAGAUUCAGGAUUUCCUGGACACCCCGGCACUCCUGGAAUUCCUGGACCACCUGGACCUCCAGGCCCUGUACCUGAUGUAUCUCUGUAUUAUCAACAAUUGGCUUUAUCUCAAGCAAAUGAGGAUAAAGGCCCAACGGGUGCAGCGGCAUCAUUAUAUGGUCCUGACGCAUUUUCUUAUAUUCAAGCGCAAACAGGACCAAUAGGUCCUCGAGGUCCUCCAGGUCCUCCUGGAGCUCCCGGUCCUCAAGGUUUUCAAGGUACACGUGGUGAACCCGGUGAAUCAGGGACUUCAGGUCCUCCUGGUGUGUCAGGUCCAAGAGGUCUUCCAGGAUUGCCUGGAAAAGACGGUGUUAGCGGAGAAGAUGGUGAGACCGGUCCUCCAGGGUCGCCUGGUCCUGUAGGCCCACGUGGUCUCCCAGGGAUGCCUGGACUUACAGGAAUGAAAGGCCAUCGCGGUUUUCCUGGUCUAGAUGGAGCCAAAGGGGAGCAAGGAACUACUGGUGAGAAAGGAUCUAUGGGUGCACCGGGACCCAUGGGGCCGAUAGGGCAAAUAGGUCCAGCAGGACCGCGUGGUGAACGAGGUAGAGAAGGCCCAUCAGGGCCUCCAGGAAUGAGAGGCGUUGAUGGAAUUUCUGGACCACCUGGACAACCUGGUGCUGUGGGUAAAUCUGGUCCACCAGGCUUUCCAGGCAGUCCUGGAGCUAAGGGAGAUCAAGGAGCGCAAGGACCAAAAGGAAGUCAAGGUUUACAAGGUCCACGAGGGGAAAGUGGCCGUCCGGGACAACCUGGUGAAACUGGCUCACAGGGUCCGCAGGGUAAAGACGGAGUUCCCGGUGAAAAAGGAAUGGCUGGAGCGGCAGGUCCUGCUGGCGUGCCUGGAUUUCCAGGUACACGAGGUCAACCUGGAAUAGCAGGUAAUCCUGGCGUUCCUGGAGCCAAAGGAAUACCCGGUCUUCCUGGUGAAAGGGGCUUCAAAGGAGAUGCUGGUGUAAAAGGAGAUUCAGGAGUGCCUGGUCCACGUGGACUGCCGGGACCACCAGGGAACGAAGGGAAAAGAGGAAAGAGAGGAAUGCGUGGACCAGUUGGUGCUGCGGGCCCUCCUGGAGAACGUGGUCUACCUGGAAUACGAGGACUUCCUGGACCGGACGGUCCUAUCGGACCUCAAGGACAACCCGGUGAUCGUGGUUCUGUAGGAUCAAUUGGACCGAAAGGUGCUACCGGAGAUCCUGGGCGACCUGGACCACCAGGACUACAGGGCGCACGCGGUUUAAUGGGUAGACCUGGAGCCCCUGGCAAACCAGGCAAUCCUGGCGAACGUGGAAUCCAAGGUGCAGAUGGAAAGUCCGGAGAACAAGGUUCACCUGGAUUGCAAGGCCUACCAGGACCAUUAGGAGCACCAGGAGAGAGAGGAUAUCCUGGAGAACCUGGGAAAGAUGGUGAAGCUGGUAAUCCGGGUCCACCUGGUCCAAGAGGUGACGCUGGUAAAGAAGGACCUCCGGGCAUGCAAGGAGCACCGGGACCAACAGGAAACACUGGUGCGAGAGGUUCUCCGGGAUCUUCUGGGACUAGAGGUUUUCAAGGUCUUCCAGGCGCCGCUGGUAAUCCAGGUAUUCCAGGUAAGGAUGGAGAAGCAGGCGUGCAAGGGCCUCCCGGUUUACCGGGGCCAGUUGGCAAUAGAGGUGAACGAGGACCUCCGGGAGAAAGGGGACCAAUGGGACAGCCAGGACCUAUGGGUUUAAGGGGAGAAACCGGAGCACAAGGCGCUGAUGGUCUCACUGGAUUACCAGGAUCUAAGGGAGACCAAGGAAUUUCUGGUCAACCUGGGUUAUUAGGGCUUCCUGGUCCAAGAGGAUUAUCUGGAGAACCUGGACAAAAAGGAGAAAGAGGAGCAUUUGGGCCAGUUGGACUCGAAGGUCCUCCAGGACGCAUUGGAGAACGUGGUCCGCAAGGAGAAGUUGGUCCUUCUGGUCCUCCUGGAGAACCAGCGGAACGAGGUGAUCCAGGUCCACCUGGUCCUACUGGUGAGCCUGGCGCUCCUGGAAAUCCAGGAGAAAGAGGUCUUCAAGGACUACAAGGAUCCCAGGGUUUCCCAGGCCCACAAGGAUUAAUAGGACUUCCUGGUUUGAAGGGUGAUCGUGGUUAUCCAGGAUUAAAAGGAGAACAAGGAAGUUCAGGACUACCUGGCAGUCCUGGCGAAGUUGGACCGCAAGGACUUACUGGACUUACUGGUACUAAAGGAAUUAGAGGCGAACCGGGUGCACGCGGUGAACCUGGUUUAAUGGGACCGCCUGGUGUUACAGGACAAGUUGGUCCAGCAGGUCCACCUGGGAAUGUAGGAUCACCCGGUGUUCCAGGUACUUCAGGUAUAAAAGGCAAUGCAGGUGACGUUGGACGCCAAGGAUUUCCAGGUCCAAUCGGUAAUCCUGGACCACCUGGAAUAGAUGGAAAUAAAGGAGAAAGCGGAUCUCCAGGGCCUUCAGGACCAGCUGGCCUUCAAGGACCUCAAGGUACACCCGGUGAGAGAGGUUUACCAGGUUUACCCGGUUCUCCUGGUCCUAUAGGAAAUAGAGGAUUACGCGGAGCACCCGGUGAAACUGGACAACCAGGAAAGCCGGGAUCGGAAGGGCCAUCUGGGCCAUCGGGCUUAGUGGGUCCUCCUGGUCUUCCUGGUCACAUAGGAGAAACAGGGCCAGAAGGACCAGUUGGAAAACCAGGACCGCCGGGAAUAAGUGGUCGACCUGGAGAUAAAGGACCGCCUGGUAUACCUGGCGCAAUAGGCCAAUCUGGCCCUCCUGGAUUACCUGGAUCACCUGGACAAGCAGGACAUACGGGACUUCCUGGAGAACGUGGGUCAAAAGGAGAAGCGGGUCCGCAAGGUGUGGAAGGUCAACAGGGACCACGAGGAAAAGCUGGACCACCAGGUCUCGAAGGGGCAAAGGGCGAUCAUGGAGAAGAGGGACAGAAAGGUGCUAAGGGACAUCGUGGAUUUAAUGGUUUACAAGGAUUACCUGGAUCUCCUGGGUUACCAGGAGAGAAAGGUAUGCCUGGUUUGCCAGGACUUCCCGGUAAAGAUGGGGAACCUGGGAUUAGAGGUAGUCCUGGACGGGAAGGUAGUCCAGGACCUAUCGGACUUAUAGGAAAUCCUGGACUAAGAGGUCCACCUGGUGAAGAAGGACGUCAUGGAUCACCAGGUCCUCCAGGACCUCCUGGACCACCUGGUCCUCCUGGAGAACUUGGUUUUGGAUACGAUGCCGCAUCUCUAGCAGCACUUAUAGGACAAGGCCAAACUAAAGGGCCUGAUCCUCUUGGCGAUGAACCACCGAGGAUAUUUGGCAAAGAUAUCACUGAAGAAGAAAGAAAGGAAUUACUUCAGAAAGCAUAUGAAAAUUUGAAGUCUUCCUUUUUAAAACUAGUGAAGCCGGAUGGUCAAAAGAGUUCACCAGCUAAAACCUGUCGAGAUUUAUUUGUUGCAUAUCCAGAUAAAUUAUCCGGCGAAUACUGGAUUGACCCGAAUGAAGGGGAUAUUCGAGAUGCGAUCUUAGUGCAUUGCGAUGCUAAAAAGCGUGCUACCUGCAUUUUACCAAGUCCUGCUCGUACACCGGAAAUCACUCACAUCACCGAUCAACAAGAAAUUUGGCUCAGCGAGAUAGACAGCGGCAUGAAGAUCACAUACAAGGCAGACAGCAAUCAGAUCAGUUUUCUGCAACUGCUCUCGAAACACGCGCAACAAAACAUCACGUAUCACUGUAAAAAUAGCGUGGCAUACUUCGAUUACGAGCGAAAAACGCACAGAAAAGGCUUGAAGCUCCUGGCUUGGAAUGACGUCGAGCUGACACCGCGAGGUAAUCAACGUCACAGAUACGAAAUGAUAAUGGAUGAGUGUAAGCUGCAUCAAAAUCACUGGGGUAAAACUGUCGUUUCAUAUGAGACCGACAAACCCAUAAGGAUUCCCAUUCUAGAUGUGGCCUUGCGUGAUAUCGGACGACCCGAGCAAAGUUUCUCCGUCGAGAUUGGCGCAGCUUGUUAUGAAUAACGCAAGAUAUAACAGUGCGACGCGAUCAUCACGGCUGUUAUUUUACUACGAAUACCGUCGUUUUUCAUAGUGUGUUGUUAAGAAGUCAAGUCUUCCAAUGCAUCUUAAGAGUACUAGGAACUCCGACGACUAUAGAUUAAUGCCUCUUCUUCUUUUUUUACAAGUUUAUCUCUAGCAAUUAAAUACUUACUUAAUUUAAUUCUCGGUGGCCUGUAUUGUAUACGUUGCUCUUCUUUCAUUCAAGUUCUCGAUUAGCGAGAGUAAUUUAGCGAUACUUAACAGAAAAUAUCCUUAGGCUAUAUUGCACCUCCUACUGUUUAAGAACUAAGAUGAAGUUGGAAAUCGACAAAUGAUAUUUACGGUGUUAUGAUCGGAUAAUCUAAUAUCCAAAAGAGAUUGUCCAAAUAUCUUCUUUUGUUUAGCUUUCAUUCGUUACUGCUGAAUGUUGUUGGGCACAAAGAUAUAUCGCGUAACAUGUGUGAGUCUAAAUACGCACGAUGUCAAAAUAUUAUGUACAUAAUAAUAGAUAAGUUCUAUUUACGUCGCUCUUAUACUACUCGCAGUUAUCUGCAGAAAUACAAC